AUGCCGAACACCAUCACCAUCCCGUGCCACCACAUCCGCAUCGGCGACUUGCUCAUCCUCCAGGGCCGCCCAUGCCAGGUCAUCCGCAUCACCACCUCAGCGCAGACCGGCCAGCACCGCUACCUGGGCGUUGACCUCUUCACCAAGCAGCUCCACGAGGAGAGCAGCUUCGUCAGCAACCCAAGCCCAUCAGUCAUUGUGCAGAACAUGCUCGGUCCGGUGUUCAAGCAGUACCGCGUCCUCGACAUCCGCGACGAUGGCCGCGUGGUGGCCAUGACCGAGACUGGCGACGUCAAGCAAGGUCUUCCCGUCCUUGACCAGUCGAAUCUGCUUAACCGCCUGCAAGACUCGUUCAACAAUGGCCGUGGCUCCGUUAGGGUGCUGGUAAUCAAUGAUGAGGGUCGUGAGCUGGCUGUGGAUUACAAGGUUGUGCAUGGCAGCCGUCUGUAA